AUCACUCACUAGUCACUGUUCAGAAUUCAGUAUAGUACCUAUUAUCUACCUAUGGGCUAUGAUUUAGUAUUUGACGUUAACAAAUAAGUAGUGACUAUAUAGUGAGUGGUGAUUUAUGUGUAAAUAUAUUAUAUAGGUAUAAAUUCGUGUUUGGUUACUACUUAGAAACUCACAAAUCAUUAUUGACAAUGUGGAGAAGAACAUAAUGCAACAGUUGAUCGAUUCGCCGUCAUUAUAUUGCAUACUUUAUCUGUUUAUCAUAAAAGGCAUUUAGGUACUAUUCUACUGGACUUUCAACAUGGGUACGACUGUUACACCGGAGUUAGAGAACAAUAGAAUUGAGGAAGCGGUAACAUUAAAUAAUAUGACUGAACAAAAUCGUAACAACGCUCCGUCCCAAAAAUUCAGCCAUGUUGGUGCAUAUUCGUCAUUAUAUACAAUAUGUCAGAUAGUUGGAUUACUACUUGUAUUUUCUGUAUUUUAUUGGAUUCUCAAUUUCCGAGGAGGAUUUGGAUUUACUGAAGCCAAAAUCAUUUUCAACUGGCACCCAUUGUUUAUGACAAUUGGUUUUAUUUAUUUAUUUGCAAAUUCUAUUCUUCAUUAUAGAACAUUCCGCAGUUUAAAAAAACGAGAUUUGAAAAAUCAUCAUGCGAUUAUUCAUGGCUGUAUAAUUGUUCUUGUGUUACUUGCUGGUUGGGCUUCUUUUGCUUCUCAUAUGUAUAGUAAUCCUCCUAUUCCAAAUUUGUAUAGUUUACACAGUUGGUUGGGUGUUGUUACUAUUUCAAUGUUCCUCUCUCAGUUUGUAAGUGGCUUUGUGUCCUUCUUGUAUCCUGGAAUAGCUGUCCAAUAUAAAGAAGUUGUAAUGCCUUAUCACAUUUUCUUUGGAAUUUUCAAUUUUAUACUGGCAAUUGGUACUUCAGUCCUUGGAUUCAGUGAAAAAUUAAUUUUUGCUUUGGAUAAAGAAUAUAAAAAUUUUCCAAAAGAAGGAAUGUUUGGUAAUUUUUUGGGCUUAUUAUGUGUUUUUUACGGUGCAUUAGUAGUGUAUAUGGUAACAAAACCAGAAUUUAAGAGAGAACCUAAACCUGAAGACGGUGUGCUGCUAACUGGAGCUUUAGAAUAACUGUUA